AUGGAGAGGGGGGUGGCGACGGCGGCUGGGCCUGGAAACCUGCUGCAGGCCCUGCUGGAGGGCGCCGGGGGCCGGAGCCGGGUGCUGCUGGUGGCUGAGCUGUGGGAGCGGGAGCAGAGUCGCAGCCUAAUGAGAGACUUCGCCCGCCACGUCUUCCCGGAGCCGCGGGAGGAAGGGGAGGAAGAGGAGGAAGAGGAGGAGGAAGAAGCAGAAGACGAGGAAAAGGAGGAGGAGGAGGAGGAGGAGGAGGAGGCGCGGGCGGCUGGCAGCAAGCCCGGAGGCCCGCAGGAGGCGGAGGCUGGGGAGGCCAGCGGCAAGCCCGGAGGCCCGCAGGAGGCGGCAGCGGCGCGGGCUCCUGGCCGCGGACCCCCGGAGCGGGCCAUCCGCUCCCCACUCGUGUUCGUGCUGUGCCGAGAAGCUUCCCUGCGGGCCCCGGAGCCGCGACUGCGCCUGCGGGAGAUCCUGCGGGACGUGCGAGCUCGGCGGCGGCAGCGGCCUCGUUGGCGGCCCAGGGGGCGGCUCCCGCCUUGGGGGCACGCGGGGGACUGCGGCGGAGGAGGCGGCGCAGCGCUAGUAGGGGUGCUGGUGGAGGAGCCUGGCGGCGGCCGCGGCAACAACCAAAGCGCGGAGGAGGGAAGCGAGGCCGAGGCCAUGCACCUGCUGGAGGCGCUGCUGCGCUCCGUGUUCGGCCGGGACUCGGGCGGCCCGGUGCAGGCGGCCUCCUACUGCCCCGUGCGUCCGAGCAGCGCCGCAGACGUGCAGAGCGCAGCCUGCAGGGCCUUGCGAGCAGCCGCGGGCCAGCGGCCGCCAGGUCAGCCGGGCCAGGGGCCCGGGGAGCAGGCUGGGAGGGGGGCCAAGGAGGGGAGGGCCAGGGAAGGAGUCCCGGAACCCGCUUGUCGGGCAGCCCUCCUUCUACAGAGGAGGAAACUGAGGCCUAGCCAGAGAGGAGGAGUGGACUUGCCCAAGGUCACACGGCUAGAAAGCGGCAGGGGCACGCACCUACAGUGGGGCAUACUUUCUCCAGCUCGGACAGCUGGCCCAGGCCUCUGGCAGAGCCCCCUCCCCGUGUCCCAGGAGCCCCCUCCCCAUGCCCCGGGAGCCCCCUCCCCAUGCCCCAGGAGCCCCCUCCCCGUGUCCCAGGAGCCCCCCUCCCCUUGCCUCAGUAGUGACCCCCUCCCCCUCCCCCCUCCAUUCUCUGUCCUCCUGGGCUGGAGCCCUGGCAGGUUUUGGGGGAGGGGGACAGGCUGCUGCUUCUUGGGGGAGUGGGAAGGGGAGAGGGAAAAUGCCUUCUCAGAGAAUGAGAAGGUGAUCCAGUGGCUUGGAACAGGCUUCACACCCUCUCUAAAGGCAGAAGAAGGUGCAGAUUUGUUCUGCCUGGCCCCAGAAGAUGGUUUCCAGGACCCCUCAGAGGAGCUGGCACUGACAGUUCUGUCUCCCAAUGGACGCUGUGACGACGUCGAGGGAAGGACAGGAGCCUAGAUGGUCACCACCCAGAUCCUGGAGUGACAGGCUGUGAGCACUGAUGGGACUUAGGACCUUUGGGUUCUGUUCCUGCCCCUGCCUCAUCUUGAAGACUGGAGCCGGGCCCUUCCCUGUUCUAUGCUCCAGUCUGUUUCCAUCCCAAGUAGAAAGUGAUGGUACCUGCCACCUCUAUACCUUUCACUGGUGUGGUGAGACAGGGUUGGUGAUUGAAGAGGAAGUGUGCCUCACUGACCUGAGCAACAGAUGGCAAAAUUGGGCUCUCUGGGAUCUGCUUCUUGUGUUCAAAGCUGUUACUUCAUUACUCUAUGCCUCAGUUUACCAGUCUGUAAAUUGAGGAAAAGAUACACCUACCUUGUAGUGGUGUUAUAUGAAGUCCCUACCUUGGGACAGGUGACAUAGGACUUUGUAGAUCUACAGUGUUAUAGCAAUCCUCCAUGUUGGUCAAUGUGCAUGAUGGGCUUUGCGUGUGUGCGCAGACAGACACAUUCCUCAUUUCCACUAUCAUGUAGUGGAAAGAACAUUAGCCUAGAAUUUAGGAUAACUAGACUCUGAUACUAACUCACUAACUGAAAAAGUAGGGGCCUCCACUGCCUUAUCUGUAGAAUGAAGGGAAUGGACCAUAUGACCUUAAAAGGUCUUUUCCAGCUCUGACUUUCCUAGAUUGCAUCCUUGAGGAUAAAUAAAUACAGCAUAAAUAAA